AACCGUGGUCCAGUGGAUAAAUCGUUGUCGUUCAAGAUACUGAAGUCAAGCUCGGCUGAGGAGGUGUUAAAACUAUGGGAGGAUUAUUAUUCUAAGAAUGAGAAAUCAGCCGCUCAGCUUUUGAAAGCAUGUUCAGUUUUGAACGGAUCAAUUCGUGGCUACAUGCAAGGUAACUAG